GGCGGACUGCGUUGUAUCUUAGCAAUAUGGCUACGUGUCGAGUAUUCCUGUAGCGUGUUCGGGGCACGAUCGUACUAAGUACUAUCAGCGGGUUUAACGAUCGUUUAAUAAGACGGCAUCGAUCGACUUACUGAUCAUGAACAUGUCAACGACUGGCAAAUGGGAUUUGUCCCGGGAGGACAUCAAAAGUGCAGCGAAGGAUGAAAAGGAGUUGCUAUUGGAACACGAUAGCGAUCCGGAUGAAAAUAUGCUGUUCAAUCAACCAAGUACGUCCGCAGAAACUAAAGUGGAUGGGAAGAUGGAUAAUGUCAGGCUGCAAAUUCAGGAAGUCACGGAGGUGAUGCGAGAGAAUGUCCAGAAGGUAAUGGAGCGUGGAGAGAGGCUGGAGGAUCUACAAGAAGCUAGCGAUCGACUGAGUAUGGUUGGAAACGAAUUUAGAGCGGCAGCGAAGAAAGCUCAACAGAGGGCGUGGCUGCAGAACUUUAAAACAAGGAUCGUUCUCGUCACUAUUACGGUGACCGUCGUCGUCUGUAUCAUUGUUCUGGACAUCAUGGUGCUUUACCUGGUUCUCAGAUAGCGAACACGGUGUAGCGAGUCCCAAUCGUUCGAUUCCAGUAUCCAUCGUCGUGAAAUAUUCGUAACCGAGGCACCUUCCGGAUUGAAACACACUUUGCGAGCGUACGUUUAUAUUUGUACCUGUCUUUCAUGGAUGAUCUACGUGUAUUCUUAUCAUAAGUUUAUAUAAAUAUAUAUAUUGUUAUUUUUAA